UAAUACCGGGAGACUUAAAUUUGCGUCUGUAUAUUUUCGAAAACGUAUUAUUUAUGAAUUAAAUACUCUCAGUGAUCCAAAUUAUCCAACAGUUUCAACAAACACAGUUAUGUGAAUAAUGUUGGAAAUUUAUAUGUAGGCGUGGGAUUAUUUUCGAUUCAAAUAUUGACGCACUAGGUUAUAAUGUCAUUCUAAACAAUAUUAGUCUGUUAUCCGCAUUGCUACACUUUUAUUUACGAAAGUAGCUUGGCUUUCGGUUCAGACAUUGAAGAGGAAGGAAUGGUUUCCACUCGAGGCCCAAAAUUCAAAUUCUGUGAUGGUGAAAAAGUUCUUUGUUAUGAACCUGAUCCUACUAAAGCAAAAGUAUUGUACGAUUCGAAGGUACUAGAUGUUAUAGUUAAUAAGGAUCAAAGAGGAAGAAAAGCCGUUGAAUAUUUAAUACAUUUUCAGGGAUGGAAUUCUUCAUGGGAUCGUUGUGUAACGGAAGAAUAUGUAUUAAAAGACACCGAAGAAAAUCGUCAACUCCAACGAGAUUUGGCCCAGAAAGCUCAGUUACAGUUGGGAGCGUAUUUAUAUCGACGAGAGCGUAAAAAAAGAAGCCACAAAUUAUCCGAACGAUUGAAUGAAUCUGAAAAUCAAGAACCACGACGAAGAGCAAGAAGUGGUGGUAGUCGAGCAACAUCUGCAACAACAGGAUCGUCGGAAGAUGGUAGUUCAGGGCAACAUGCGGAUUAUGAUACAGAAGAAGUUAUUACCGAAGAAGACACAGAAAGCAGUUCUGACUAUGUUGGAGAAACAAGCGAUGAUGAAGAUAGCGGCGGUGGCAGUCAAUCUGGAGCUAGUGUGAAGCCAGGAAUUGAUCUCGACAUAGGUACAAUGUUAAGAAGAAUUCUAGAUCAAGACUAUGACCUAAUAAUGAACAAAAAUAAGCUGGCUGUUCUACCAGCACAGCCUACUGUUGUAAAUAUUUUGGAGUCGUGGGUACAGCACUUCACGACCACGCAACUGACGAACAUUCCAGAAAAGCCUCAGCGAAAUAAAGCCAAUAACACAGUGGAAAAAACGAUCAAUGAAAUUAAUAUAUGUAGAGAAGUUGCAGAUGGACUGCGUAUAUAUUUUGACUUCACAUUACACGAUCUCCUGCUUUAUAGGCAAGAACGAGAACAGUACUGUGCUUUAAAGUCUUCUUUCUUGUACAGUGAACACCCAACACUUGUAAAAGAGGAACCAAUUGAGAAUUUGGAAGUAUUAGUUAAAGAAGAAUAUGAAGAUACCGAAUAUGCUCAUUUACCGCCAUUUCAAGAACAUGACCCAGAAACAGAGAAUGCAUCAAAGACCUUGGCAGGUUCUAAAAGAAGGCUCAGAUCGUGCCGAGUGAGCUCUAUUGAUGAAAAUAGGCAACUGAGAUCUUACGAAGAAAUUAAGCCGGAUACGGGCACUGUAUCAAGUAUUGCAAGUACAAGUUCUCGUUGUUCUAGCCCACGUGGUGUAACACUAAGGGUACCAGUUGUUACAUCUGCUCAAGUCAGUGCUUUGCUUCAGCAAGCAAAUAAAUGGAGAUUAUUGCCCGAAUCGACAAAAACUGAAAGUCCUCCGAACCCUUCUACCUAUUAUGGUGCCAUACAUUUAACUCGAUUAUUUGUUAAAUUACCAGACUUACUCCAGUCGGCGGACAUACCAAAUAAAAAAUUGAAAAUUCUCUUAAAAUGUUUGGAUAUGUUUCUCAGUUACCUCGAGAUGCAUAGAGAAUGGUUCGGAGAGCAAUUUUACAUGCAAGUGGAAAAUCAGUUGAUUCCUCAAUCAAGUAGUUCUUAACACAGUAGCAAUAACAUGCAUACUUUCCCUGUAUUUGAUUACAGAUGUGAUUUGUGUAUAACGUUAUGUGAUUAUUAUGCGCGAUGUACAGCAAGAAUGUAUGUGAGUUCAGUGUAAGUGAUAAACUCUUUUUUAUAUUAAUUA